AGACAAUAGGAGAAAUCCAGGUUGUCUACCAAAAGCUGCUGAUACCUACAUUGGUUGGAUCUCAACUCUUCGAAGCCUAAUAGGUGGUUGCUUGUCCAGAAUCAAGUACCCUGACCAUGCCGCCGUUGAACACUGCAGCAAUCCUCCCCUCGCCCAAAGCACCAGCCCUCACGAUCUCUCCGGCCCCCUACUCGCCUCCAUCCUCCGGCGAAGUGGUGAUCAGAGCCCACGCCGUGGCAAUCAACCCUGCUGACUGGGCCAUCCAACAGCUCGGUAUCCUCAUCUCAGAGGAAGACGGCUACCCAUGUGUCCUUGGAUGUGAUGUUGCUGGAGAGGUUGUCGAGCUUCCCCGUGAAGGGCAGAUGGACGACCGGAUCUCCCAUCUCAAGGUCGGCGAUCGCGUCAUCGGUCAGACAGGGCCGCUGAGAAUCAAAGAUUCCAGUGACUUGGAUCUUACUGGGGAUGACCUCGAACAGUGGCGCGGCAAAAAGGUGUAUGCCUACUCUUCCUUCCAAACAUAUGUGGUCCUCCUUUCCCCCUUCGUGGCAAAGAUCCCCGAGACCAUGUCCUACGAAGACGCGACUGUAUUGCCGCUUGGUGUGACCACCGCCUCCAGCUGUCUGUUUCCCGAGAUGAUGUUGGGGUUGGAUAUGCCUCCUGUAAGGGGCAAAGCCGAGAAAAAGGGCAAAACUCUCGUUGUCUGGGGAGCCUCUUCAAGCGUGGGCUCCUGCGGUGUCCAGCUCGCGGCACAGGCGGGCUACACUGUCGUCGGCAUCUGUUCACCGCCGAACCAUGAGUUCGUGAAGUCGCUCGGGGCGGAGGAAUGCUUUGACCAAAACGAUCCAAAUAUCAUCGAAUCUGUGGUCUCAUAUCUCAAGACUGAAGGGCAAGAGGUGGUCGGAGCAUACGACGCCAUCUCCAAACCUCCGACGCUGCAACCCCUCUGUGAAAUCCUUCAUGGAUGCGGUGGCCGGAAGUUCAUCGCCUCGGUCUACCCCGGCGCCGAACAGUACGCUAAACACGAUGUGUCGAUCGUGACGAAUCUGUCAACGGUGAGCAACUUCGCCACCGGCCUCGCGCCGAAGGUGUGGAGUUGGCUCGAGAGUGCUUUGCAGGACCAGCGGGUCCAAUGCAUGCCUCCGCCUGAGCAUAUGGGCAAAGGGCUCGAGAGUAUUCAAGCCGCAAUGGACAAACUGGCUGGGGGGACGGUGAGCGGGAGGAAACUGGUGGUCACUCUGUGA